GGAGGAGGAGGAGCCUGAAGAGGGAGUUGCAGCAGAAGCUCAACUCAACGAAGAGUUUGAAAUGCAGAAGAUAUCCGAAUACACAGACCCAGAGAAUUGGGUCCAUCAUAUUCCAUACAUACUUCCCCAGGGGCGGACAGUGUGGUGGAAUCCGUCCCAGAAAGCCGACGAUGAACUGGUGGAGGACGAGGAGGAGGAGGACGAGGAGAAGGAGCAGCCAGAGGAACCAGAGCCAGAGACAGGACCCUCUCUUCUCUCUGCCAUCUCUGCCGACGAAAAAGUGAACGGGUUCCCGGCGUGGAGUCUUCGUCUCACCUCCAAUCUGGUGCCUCAGUAUGCCGCGGCUCUUGCCUCCUCAAACCUCUGGCCUGGAGCCCAUGCCGUCGCAUACAAGAAAACGUUUGACAAUGUGUAUAUUGGGUGGGGGUUGAAGUACAGUGCGGUGCCGUUUAACCCCGAGUUGCCUCCACCGGUGCAAGAAGAGUUCCCAGCAGGACCUGACAUCACAGAGACUACAGACCCAAUGGUGGAGCAGGAAGAAGCACUCCGCAAGGCCCAGGAGGAGGCUCAGGAGGCAAUGGAGGGAGAGGGAGGAACCUGAGGAAUCAGACGAAGACUAGAAGAGGGAGCCCCCUUCAUUAGCCAUAUAUUAUUGCAUUCUAAGAGGACUCUGUCACCACUCACAAUGAACCCUAUGCACACUAUCACAUACUGCAGUUAUAAUAGAACAGCUCUUGAUACAAACAAUGCACACUGUAUAAUGAGACUCUGGAAGGUAUUAGGAGUUUGAAGGAGCAUCUGAUGUCCGCUUCUUCUCCUCCAGCUCCUUUCUCCUCAUCUCUGUGACCUUGUUCAGGAUGGUCACCGUGCUCUUGAUCUCUGCUCUCUCCUUCGCCCGAUUCACCCUGCACAGCUCCCUAAUGGGUCAGGCCAGGAUCCUAGUCUAAGGCGAGAAUAACAGCAAAC